GAGGAGGAGACGGCCUUAGUGACAAAACACGUACAAACACAGUUCACUUCGUUUAGUUGAACAUCCUUGGAGAGGUUGUCGGCGGUCUGACACGCAGAGCUCGUUAAAUCACUUUUUACGCGGGGGGGAAAUCCUUUCACCUGAUUUUUACUGACAAGAUGGACCACAAAGAUACAGAAAUGAACGAAAAGGGAAUUUCUUCGUCAACCAGUGGAGUUGUUGUCCAAGUCAGAGAAAAGAAAGGACCGUUACGUGCGGCUAUCCCGUACAUGCCCUUCCCUGUUGCGGUGAUAUGCCUCUUUCUCAACACGUUUGUGCCUGGAUUGGGCACGUUCAUCUCGGCGUUCACGGUGCUGUGUGGUGCCAGGACGGACCUGCCGGACCGCAGCAUGUGCUGUGUGUUCUGGCUCAACAUCGCCGCAGCCUUCAUCCAAAUCCUCACCGCCAUCGUCAUGGUGGGCUGGAUCAUGAGCAUAUUCUGGGGGAUGGACAUGGUCAUCCUGGCAAUCUCUGAAGGUAACAAGGAUCAGGACGUCCCUCAGCAGCUCUGAAGUGAGGUGGCCAAGCCCGAGUCAAGAAUGUACAGUUUCAACCCUGAACCCACUCCAGGGGCCUCUCUCUCUGAUGGGGGUGGGGGGGGGGGGGGGGGGGGCGGCAAGAGCUGAAACUCAGGCCUAACACAGAGGCUGGAAUCUGGGGAGGGGAUGUUGCCUCAUGACCCACGUCACCCUGCAACUGCAGCUUCUCUGGGUGGAAGCCAGAAACAACUACACGCCUUCCCACCGUAAGAUUGAGGGAUUGUCUUAGCGCUCUGUGGCUAACCACCAACAGCAAAAAUAUCCACUUAAAACACUAAAAGAUCUUGUAUAAUGUGCCAACUGUCUGUACUGUGCUGAAUACUUUAUUUUAUGGGAGAGUCGCCUCGUAUUAUCAUGAUUUAGUUUACCUUUCUUAUUCUUUUAGUUUUUUUGAAUAAGUAAAAUGUGUUUGUUUUUCACGAUGAUCUGUUUUGUAGUGUUGUGGGGCUCUCCUGGAUCGUACUUCAUGAUGUGAUGUGUAAAAGCCUUAAGACAUGUGAGAAUGAUCUUGACUUCAAGUAUAAACAGUAUUCUGCAUGGACACCACGGCUGUUACCUUUUAAGCGCUUUAAAAUAUUUUACCUGCAACACUCUGCCAUCCAUAAAUAGCCAUCUUGAGGGCUCGCUGUUUUCCUAUCGCUGUUUAUCAGUUGUUGUCAUUGUGGAAAAAACAUCUUUGUCAUAUUCAGUGAAAUUAUUCUGGGCCAGUUACCAUAGAUACUGUCCACUUUAAUCAAGUAUUGACUCGAGCACUCGGGAUUUAAUAAUGUAAUUAGCUGGAGUUAUUUUUACUUGAUUGAAAUGAUAAAGGGGAGGGGGAUGCCGUGAAAGGAAAUUAGGUUUUAGAUAGAUGAUUGAUUUAUCUAUAUAAAAAAAAAAUGAGUCUGUAAGAAGGUAUUAGCUUUGAAGUAAACGUUUGUUGAAAGUGACGGAGUAAAUAGAUUUAUCGGAGUAGCUGGUUGGUUUAUCUGGACACCCUUCUCACAGUCGGAGUAUCCAAAGAGUCACGUUAGCCACUUACUGCUGCUACCACAACUGGAUAAUUCAACCUCUGUUCACUGAACGCUUUUCAUUUUGAAUUAAGUUCAGUUCAAUGGCCUAAUUGUUCUGGUCUACAUGCUAUCACAGCAGUUUUUAUCUUUUCCUCCAUUAAAAAUGUAAAGCCUUGUAUAGCAGUGACUGAAUUGGAUGAGUUUGAGAUAAAAUGAAGUGGUUGAAAUGGAAAAGGUUGAAGCCUGAAAUGAGGCCCCUUUUCAAUCCUUCUGCUGUGAUGAAAUGGGUGUAGAUCAGGCUUGUGAACUCAAACCGCCUUAUUUCAUAUCACAUCCAAUUAUAUGUUGGAUGACUGUUGAACAUAAUUGACAAUUCAUGCCAAAAAAAGCAUAUCUGAAGUGGUGACAUUGAUGUACAGAUAAAUAAAAAGUGUCGGUAAUA